CUGCAUGUGGAGCUUUUCCUCAACUGUUGAAUCUGCAUCUAUACAAAUAAACUUGGGGAUACACUCUAACAAGGUUGCAGGAAUGACUACAGAGAAAACUCAGUGGAAACUAUUCUUAGAGACCGUGAGUACUCUGCAAUGGGUACUGUGCUUUAUCAUCUUAGGAGUGUCCUGUAUUAUCUUGAUGGUGUGCCUUAUGUUUACCUCCUUGUGGCCGCUCUCCGCUCUGUACUUCAUAUGGCUGGUGAUGGACUGGCAAACCCCUGAAAGAGGGGGAAGGAAAACCACAUUUGUGAGGAGGUGGAGGGUCUGGAACCACUUCAGAGAUUUCUUCCCAAUCAAACUGGUGAAGACGGCCGAACUGAAUCCAAACAAAAACUACAUCCUGGGCUGUCAUCCGCACGGCAUCAUGAGUGUCGGAGGCUUCGCCUGCUUCGGCACAGAAAGCUGCGGCUUCACCGAGAAGUUUCCUGGGAUGCGAUCCUCGCUGGCGGUACUGGCAGGGCUUUUCAAGAUACCAAUAUUGAGGGACUACUUAUUAUGUGGAGGUCUUUAUCCAGUCAGCAAACCAAGCCUCGUCCACCUCCUCUCAAAGAAAGGGAAGGGAGUUGCUGUGGUGAUUGUGAUAGGGGGCGCGACCGAGUCUCUGGCGUCCUCUCCUGGAGUCCACGCGGUGGUGAUGACAGAGAAAGGAUUUGUCAGAGUGGCUCUGGAGUUUGGGGCUGACCUGGUGCCCGUCUACUCAUUCGGGGAGAAUGAGCUCUUUCGGCAGGUGGUUUUCUCAGAAGGAAGUCUAGGUUGGAGGUUACAGCACCUGGUUAAAAAGGUUCUGGGGUUCGCCCCGUGUCUAAUUCUCGGUGAGCGCUUGGCAUUCCUGCCCUACAGGACUCCAAUCACCACCGUUGUGGGAAGUCCAAUCUCAGUGCCAAAGCGCAUCACACCUACUGAGGAGGAGGUCGACCACUAUCAUAAGCUUUACAUGGACGGCCUGUGCAAGUUAUUCCAUGAACACAAGGUCAGCUGUGGGCUUUUAGAAAGUCACCAGCUUCAGAUCAUUUAGACAUUUCUCGUCUUCAUUGGCUGCUUAUAACGGGGCGUGGAUCUGAUGUAAUGAUCUUUAUCAAUAGAUCGAUCUUGCAGGUUUCUUUGUUCAUACUGCCCCAUCUUUCCAAAUAUUUAACAUUAACAUGUGCCUUAGUGAAGACAUGACUCCCAUUAUCUGCGAUGGCAUGUUCACAAAUCACUGAACAUUGCUGUGUCGUUACGCCAUCAUGAAUUUCACAACAUUAAGUGUAGUGCAUUUCUAAUUUGAUUUCACUGCGGAUGUGAUAAAUGUUCAUGCAUGAAAUAAAAAUCAUUGCUUAUGUUCGA